AUGGUGCUAGAUUUCCUAGGACUGUACUUGGUGGUGACAGUGAAUUCCCCCGUAAUAAGCAACAGCUUGGCCGUCCUCCUUCCAAUGCUGAGAGCGAGAGAGCGCCUGCAGCUGCCCCCACCCCUGUCCUUUACCUGCCCGCUCCGAGGGAAACUCCCAGAGACCAAAGAAGUAGAGCAAGAGCCCCCCUGCCCUGUGGACCCCCUCCCACCCCCCAGUGACAGCAACAGAGAGGCCAAGGACUCCGGGGUGGGCCCCAAGAUCCCACAGGCUCUGGAGAAGAUCCUGCAGCUCAAGGAGAGCCACCAGGAGGAGCUGGUGAUGGUCCUGGGGCUUUUGACCAAGGACAAGAUGGAGACGGAGCUCCAGGCAUUGCCAUCAACCUCUGAGGUUGAGGAGGACACAGGGACAUCCAAAAAGGAGUGGAACUGGAAGCACCACAACCACAAGAAGAAGCGGGGGAAAGGUGGGGCUCGGGAGGGGUCCCCAACCCCCCCCGCCAAGGUGGAGAUUGAGUAUGUGACUGAGGAGCCUGAUAUCCACAACCCCAACUUCAUGCUCUUCAAGAGGAUUUUCGAGGCUUUCAAGCUGAUGGACAAGGUGAAGGAGAAGGAGCCAAAGCAAGUGGAGAGUACCAGGGCACCCCCGACAAAGGGACCUGAGGAUGGCACCAGUGGCAGUGAUGGGGACACCUCUGAGGAUGCGGAUAAGAACCAGGAGGUCUCCAAGCUGUCCAAGAAGAAGCUGAGGUGCAUGAACAGGUUCACCAUGGCCAAGCUGAAGCAGCUGGUGGCCCGCCCUGAUGUAGUGGAGAUGCAUGAUGUCACCACGCCGGACCCCAAGCUGCUGGUGCACCUGAAGGUCACACGAAACUCAGUGCUGGUGCCGCGGCACUGGUGCGUCACAAGGAAAUACCUGCAGGGCAAGAGGGGCAUUGAGAAGCCACCUUUCAAGCUGCGUGAGUUCAUCCAGCACACAGGUAUCCAGGAGACACGUGAGGCCCUGCAGGAGAAGGAGCAGAAGAUGAUGAAGCCCAAGAUGCAGGAGAAGGUUCAUCACGAAAUGGGCAAGAUUGACAUUGAUUACCAGAGACUCCACGACACCUUCUUCAAAUGGCAGACCAAGCCCAAGCUGACCAUCCACAGGGACCUCUACUAUGAGGGGAAGGAUUUUGAGACACGGGUCAAGGAGAUGUAGCCGGGUGACCUCUUGGAAGAGCUGCAGAUCAUGCUGGGCAUGCCAGUGGGGCCCAAGACCCACAAGGUUCCCCCACUGUGGCUGAUUGCCAUGCAGCGCUAUGGACCGCCCCCGUACCCCAGCUUCAGAAUCCUGGGGGUCAACUCCCCCAUCCCCGAGGGCUGCUCUUUCAGGUACCGUGCUGGGGGGUGGGGGAGGCCCCCCAUGGGCAAUGGGAAGCCGCACUAUGGGGAUGUGUUCAGUACCAAUGCUGCCAAGUUCCAGAUGGAGGAAGAGGAGGAGGAGAUUGACUGCACACCCUGGGGGCAGCUGGAGCCAUCGGAUGGGGCAUCCUCAGAGGAAGAGGAGGAGAGUGAUGAAGAGAAACCCGACAAGACCAGGUUCAUCACCCCUGCUGACAGUGGGUUCAUGACCCCAGGAGGCUUCUCCUCAGUGCCAGCCAGGAUGGAGACCCCAGAGCUGAUUGAACUCCACAAGAAAAUCAAGGAGGCCAUGGACAGGAGCGAGACCCCCCAGCUGUUCAUGGUGGUCCCUGAAAAACGCAUGGUGAUUGUGGGCAUGGCCAUGAUGGGGUCCACCCACAUCUACGACAUGUCUGCAGUGAUAGGGCACGAGAGGCCAGUGACAGAGGCCACAGGGCAUGAUGGUGGCACUGGCCCCGAGGAGCUGGAGCCCAUGGCCAUAACACAGAAGUACGAGAAGCACGUGCAGGAACAGCAGGCACAGGUGGAGAAGGAGGACUUCAGCGACAGGGUGGCCGAGCAUGCCGCCAAGCAAAAGCAGAAGCAGAAGGCACAGCCCCAGGACACCGGGUGCGGGGGCAAGAAGUACAAGGAGCUCAAGUUUAGAUGUCACUGCUGUCCUCUCCAUGUCACCUCCCUGUUAUCCCCCCUGCACUGCUCUCUGUCACCCCGCAGGGGUCAUCCCGCUGUCACUGUCCCCGUCCUUCUUCCCUGUCCUUGUCCCCGGCACUGUCCCCAGCCUGCCCCCGUUGUUUCCUAA